AUGGCGGGGAAUGGCGCGAGGGUUGAGAUUGGGGAGGAGAAGCUGGCCGAUGGAAUCAUCAACAAUGCGGAAACGAGUGGACCAAUGCCAAUUGAUCAAAAUAAUGGGAAAAUGAACACCAAGAAGGAGAGUCCGCUCAAGCGAGCAUGGACCAAGUCAGGGCUCAACGUCGGCUUCUUGAUCAUGAUGUUCAAAUUCUCUCUGCCACCCACUAUCGCCUUGGCAAUAUACCAAGAUCCAGGUGCUUCAGCAAUCUACCAAACACUCGGCUACCUGCCCGCAAUCAUAUCCGUGCUGAGCUUCUGCAUCUUACCACGAAGCAAAUUCAUCCAGACCAUGUUCCUCAACCUCAUUGGGACCUGCAUUGGCAUGUCCGUGGCGCUUCUUCAGAUCUAUUGCAGCGUGCAAGCGCGCAAGCAUACCACACCACCGCCGAGCGCAUCCUCCCAAGGGGGUCUAAGCCAGCUGCUACCAGCCUCCCUUACAACUCAUCCGCCAGCGCGACCCCAGUUGCAGAUACCGGUCAUAAUCUAUUCGAUCUUCGCGAACAUAGCGAGCAUCUACGCCCCGGGGUUCCCGACCAUGGAUGCUGGCAUCACCUUUGCCCUUCGUUUGUUUGAGUGCUUUUUAACGGGCCUGGGCAUAGGGACAGCGGUAUCCCUUUUUGUCGUCCCGAUCAGUAUGCGUGUGUCGUGGUUCGGUCAGGCUGGUGCUUUCAUCAAAUCGAUACAAACUGCGUUGGAAGCGCAAGUCCGAUGUUUCCAGGUCUUGGAGAGGGAAGAUAUGUUUGAAGACCCCGAACUCGACAGUGAUAAAGCCACGAAAUCAUGGAACUCGCAUCAUAAGGCCGAGACUAAGCAUAGUCCAGCAGCGGUUGAGAUGCAAAAUAUCAAGCGAAUCUUCUCCGGCAUUGGACAGAGUCUGGGGAAGUUGAAAGGUGACUUGACAUUUGCAAAGCGUGAGAUGGCUUGGGGCAAGCUCAAUGCAUCGGAGAUCGACGAACUUUUCAAACUCUUACCGAGGAUUCUGAUUCCCUUGAUGGGUUUGGCUAGCUUUGGCGACAUCUUUCAGCGACUAGCGAAGAAAUGGGGAUGGGAACAGAAUGCCGACGAAGUUAACGCCCCGGAUAGUGAUGUCGCCGACAAGAUCAAGGCCCAAUGGAAUGCAGUCAUGUCGUCCCUUCAUGCGCCAGUAGAGACAGCUAGCCGGGACAUCAACGAUGGCUUGCAGCAUGCGCUCCUGACCCUUCAGCUGGUAAAGCCACCCAAGAAAAGCAAGGCAAAGAAAGGUCAAAACAUUGAAAAGACCUCAGAAGAUGUCGAAGCCAAUGCUGAAGUCAUAAGACCUGGAGACCCAGGCUUUGGCGCACAUUUUGCCAAAAUAGUCGAAGGCAUCCACGAUCUCAGACGCUCAGCUAUACAAGCCCUCUUCGAACGGCAAGGAAUCGAGACAAAAUCCACAAGUGGCAUAGACUCCAUCCGUCUUCCAAGCGAAGUCAACAUGCAACAUCCUCCCGAGUCGAAGGAAAGCGCAAUGAACAUGAGCCUGAAAGGCCAGCUGUUUCUCAUUCUCUAUAUCGACCACCUAGUCUACUGGAUGGGUAAAUCCGUCCUCUCCCUCGUGGAGUUCGCCGACAGCAAAGUCGACUCCAAAGUCCUCGCCAAGAACCGCCUCAUUCACCCCAGCGCAAAGCGGCUCAAGAAAUGGGCGACCAGCCUGCUCCAGCACGACAAUUCCACCUCCGACCACACGCCCGACUCCGCGGAAAGUGGUGCCACAGUGAACUUGAAACCUUUUGCGGGCUUCAGCGAACGGAAGGAUCCAGAGCAUCUGGAACCGACCACGGCGUGGCAAAGGGGCAGUAAUGGCUUUCGCCUCAUCGCGGACACGUUGGGUAGUACUGCGUCGCAAUUCGGCUUUCGCGUUGCUUGUGCUACUAUGAGUGUCGCUAUCGUUGCGUACCUCGAGAACACGCGGACGUUCUUUCUAGAGCAGAGGUUAGUGUGGGCUUUGAUCAUGGUGGCGAUUAGCAUGACGGUGACGGCGGGGAGUGGGGUUUUCGGCUUCAUGGGUCGAAUUGCUGGGACUUUCGUCGCAAUGCUUACUAGCUUGGCGAUCUGGUAUAUUCCCAACGGACAUACGACAGGCGUCAUCGUGAUCCUCUGGCUCUUCAUCUUCGUGGAGACGUACUUCGUGUUGAUGUACCCCAAAUUCGUCAUCAUCGCCAUCCUGUCAAUCGUCACGCAGGUCCUAAUUAUCGGCUACGAGCUCGAAGUCCAACAGCUUGGCGUCCAGACCUUGACGCUGCUGGCGGCUAUACGCCAGCAUUCGGCCGAUACGGUGUGGGAGCCCACCGUCGGGGGCAGGUUUCCUAGGGAGAGGUACGAUGCUAUUGUUGAGCAGUCGCAGAAGUGA